AUGAUCCGGCCCUUCCGGAACGUCACUGCUGCGGGUAUAAAAGGCCGGAGUGGGAGGCAGCGAGCGGGACUGCAGAGGGCGAGAGGCGGCAAGUGCGAUCGUCCCUGUGUGCGGCGCGCCCGGUCCUGGGACGGGGCAGUCAGGAGUCCGGCCGUCCGUCGCCACUGGUCGCAGCCCGCACCGUAUCUGGGAAGUUUGCGGAGUUGGUGGAGAGUUUGCGGGAUUGGUGGAAAGUUUGCGGAGUUGUCGGAAAGUUUGCGGAGUUGUCGGAAAGUUUGCGGAGUUGUCGGAAAGUUUGCGGAGUUGGCGGAAAGUUUGCGGAGUUGGCGGAAAGUUCGCGGAGUUGGCGGAAAGUUGGCAGAAAGUUGGCGGAGAGGUUGCGGAGUUGUGGGGAGUUUGAGCGCUCCCGGGACGAGGCGACCAUGUGUGUGCGGAGGCUGCUGCUGCUGCUGACCGCGCUGGACCUGGUGGCGCUCAGCCGGCCGCUCUCCACUUGCUCCACAGUGGACACCGAGCACAUGAAGAAGAAGCGUGUGGAGGCGAUCCGCGGGCAGAUCCUCAGCAAGCUGCGUUUCACCAGCCCGCCGCAGGAGCCGGGCCCCGCCGAGGUGCCGCCGCAGGUCCUGGCCAUGUACAACAGCACCCGGGAGCUGCUGCAGGAGCUGGGCCGGGAGCGGGAGCAGAGCUGCCUCACCCACAACACCGAUUUUGAGUACUAUGCCAAGGAGGUGUACAAGUUUGACAUGAUUCCGGGCCCGGCCGUGGACAAUGAUGUCAGUUCGUGUCGUGGAAUUACAUCCAAAGUUUUCCGGUUCAAUGUGUCCUCCAUGGAGAAAAAUGUUUCAAGUCUAUUCCGAGCAGAAUUCCGGGCUCUGCGUGUGCCAAACAUAAGUGCCAAACGGAAUGAGCAGCGGAUUGAAGUCUAUCAGAUCCUGAAGCCGGACGAUCACAUCGCCAAGCAGCGGUACAUCGCAGGCAAGGUUGUCCUCACCAAAGGCUUCAGUGAGUGGGUGUCGUUUGAUGUCACCGAGAGUGUGAAGGAGUGGCUCAUCAACAGGGACACGAACCUUGGCCUGGAGAUCAGCGUACAUUGUCCAUGCCACACCUUCCACGCCAAUGGCGUCAUCUCCAAAGAAGGUGAAGUUCUGGAUGUGAAGUUUAAGGGGAUCGACGACUACGAAUACGCAGAGCGGGGAGACCAGGGCAGGCUGCAGAAACGCAAGGAGCAGAAACUGCUGCACGGAGGCCCCUCCAACCCUCACCUCAUCCUCAUGGUCCUCCCCUCACACCGGCUCGAGGGUCAACAGCAGCGGCAGCGGAGGAAGCGGGCUCUGGACACAACCUACUGCUUCAGGCACUACGAGGAUAACUGCUGUGUGCGUCCCCUGUAUAUCGACUUCCGACAGGACCUGGGCUGGAAGUGGAUCCAUGAGCCCAAGGGCUACUACGCGAACUUCUGCGCUGGUCCUUGCCCCUACCUGCGCAGCACCGACACGCAGCACAGCACGGUGCUGGGACUGUACAACACACUGAACCCUGAGGCCUCAGCGUCCCCAUGCUGCGCUCCACAGGACCUGGAGCCCCUCACCAUCCUGUACUACGUGGGCCGCACUCCCAAGGUGGAGCAACUCUCCAACAUGAUCGUCAAGUCCUGUAAAUGCAGCUGAAUUGCCUCCCAUUGCGUGUGUACACGUGUGAGCUCCGUGUUUGUGUGCACACGUGUGACGUCUGUGUGUACACAUGAGGUCCUUGUUUGCGUGUACAUAUGAGGUCUGUGUUCUUGUAUACACGUGUGAGGUCUGUAUUUGUAUACCAGUGAGGUUCGUGUUUGUGUCUGAGGAAUGCGUGUAUUCUGAGAAUUCUGAGGAAUACAGAAUUACGUCUGUUACCUGUGUAUGUGUGUGAUACCCGAGCGUGUACGUGAAUGGUAUCUGUAUAGGAAGUACACGUGUGCAUGUAUGUAUGAUACACCUGUGUAUGGUUGCAAGGAUAAUUGUGCAUCCAUGUAGGAGGUACGUUUCUGUGUAGAUGAUAUGUGUGGGUUGGAGUACAUAUGUCUGUGUAGAAGGUAUUUGUAGAUACAUGUUGGAGUGUACAUGUCUGUGUAGGAGGUAUGUUUGGGUGCACGUUGGAGUAGAUGUUUGUAUAGUAGGUAUGUGUGGCCACGUGUUGUAGUGCACGUGUUGGAGGUAUGUUUGGGUAUGUGUCGGAGGCACGCGUGUCCAUGUAUGUGUGUGAGGGGCAGGCUUCGAGACCCAAGCAGCAGACAACAGGAGGCUGAGUGAAGGAACUGGUGAGGCUGGUCAUUGCUGCUUCACGCAGGAAGCCAGCGAGACAGGAGUUACAAAGGUUCACAAAGGACAAAACACUUGUGGAAAAAAAUCCAGACUCUGAACCAAAAGAAUCCAAGAAGUUGUGAGAUGGGGAGUGUGGCCAGCAGACCUGACCACUGCCCCGGGACGUGUGUGCAGUGUUGGGGACAGGACACGGACCGAAUAUCUCCACGCUGCACCAGUGAGAGACAGAGCACUGACACCAGGAAUGAUGCUGAUGGGCUUCAGAGCCUCAGAUAACCCUGUGUACCAGAGGGGAGUCAGACAACAGGCACAGCCCAGGGAUUCCAAGGACUCCCAUCGGGGCAGCUCCAACAUCAAGGACCCAACAUAGGUGCCAACGGGUGCAGGGAGCAUCCAGUUGGAGAGCGUCCGGUCAGGGAGCGUCUGGUCGGAGAGCGUCCGGUGACACACGACACACCUUACACAUGGGACAAGCUUGACGUCAUUAACCAAGGUCGGACGGUGGCUGCUGAGUCAGGAGGGGCGGCCUGCUGUGAGGGUCCCUCGCGAACCGGCUCGCAUGGCAGCGUGCGCUUCACCAACGGCGACGUCUGCAGUUCCCACGGCGCACACAGCGGGCAGGAUGCAGGGAGAUACAGACCCAGAGAGACUCCCGUCACCCCCACCCAGAGACCCCCAACAUUAUCACCCAGAGACCCCUGUAACCGCCACCUAGAGACCCCCGUUAUCCACAACCAGAGAAACCCCCGUCACUCCCACCCAGAGAAACCUGACACCCUCACCCUGUGAAACACCCAACCAGAGACCCCCAUCACCCGGACCCAGAGAGAUCCCCGACACCUCCACCCAGGGAGACCCUGUCACCUCCACCCAGGGAGACCCCUAUCAUCCCCACCCAGACCCCUGUCACCUCCACCCAGAGACCCUCUGUGAUGAUCUCCAGGGGUCGGUGAGUGACAGUCACUGUCGGUCGGUCCCUCAGUGAUGGUCACCAUCAGUCAGUGUCAGUCGGUCCCUCAGUGAUGGUCACCGUUGGUCAGUGACGGUCACUGUUGGGCGGUCCCUCAGUGACAGUCACCAUCAGUCAGUGUCAGUUGGUCCCUCAGUGACAGUCAGCAUCGGUCAGUGAAGGUCACCGUUGGUCGGUCCCUCAGUGAUGGUCACUGUCAGUCAGUGUCAGUUGGUCCCUCAGUGACGGUCACCGUUGGUCGGUCCCUCAGUGACGGUCACCAUCGGUCAGUCCCUCAGUGAGUCACCAUUGGUCAGUGUGGACAUGCACGUGUGUGCUGCCUGUUGCUGGAGUUGUCUGGGUGGAAUCUGCUCACAUCAGCCUCAGCCUGGGACGCUGUGUGACCUGCAGUCGUGGUGCCCACACACACGGCUGCUGCUUCUCUCAGAGUUACAUUGAUGUUUGCACUGCAGUAUGUUUUCAUUAUAUUUAAUUUAUAAUUCCCUUUUUUUUUAAUUUAUUGACCGAUUGAGAUGUCGCUGCAUAUCCUGAGCCCCCUCCCCUCUGCUCCCUGGUCUCUGCUUUCCUCUCAGAUCCCUCUUCCACCCCCAAUCUCUGCUUCCUACCUCAGGCGACUGGUCACAUCAUCCUUGGAGCUACCGUCACCGUGGUUGUCGACGCCGCGGCAGCAGCAAGAACUCUUCUCUCCGUUCUCUGCUGUGCAGACAGUGUGGCUCUGGUGUUGUACCAGGACCUGUGCAGGCUGUCAGACAGCACAGGGCCACCAGACUUGCCAGCAAUCACUUUGUGGUUCUCACAGAGAAAGUGAACUGAACGUGGGCCAAUCUCCUGGCAAGGAUGCGCUAUUUGAGUGGGGAGGCUUUGAGGGAAAUCCAGCCUUGCUUUUCCCUUGGAACACCACCGCAGGCUCUGAUCGGGGGUUUGUGUCUCCCAGAAGGCAUGGCUGGGUGGGUCGUGUCGCGGUGUCUGCGAUACCCAUUGUUGGAAUAGGAGGAUUCUGUAGUUUGCUAGCCUGGUGCACCCAUCACAUAGACAAGUCCUGAUGGCGGGACUGCUAGUGCGGCUCCUGAUCUGUGUAGAAACCUUCCGGACAGGAGGUGAGGGAUGACGAGUUGCAGCAGAUGUUCCGGUUAUGAUGGAGCAUUGCUUCCCUCAGGUAAGGCAGAAGUUGCUGUGCCUCUGGCACCUUCCAUCCCCAAAGCCUGCUCGUUAGGAGCACAUUCAAUGAGUUCUCGCUACUGGCAGGCAGGAAGUGAGGCAGCUGAUUAGUGCCCAGAAGGUCUCAGAACCAGAAAUGGGACGAGUGUCCAGCGAGCUGUCAUUCUGUGAGGCUGCUGAGGAACAAUUUCCAGUCAGGACAUCAAGCACAACAUCCCUCCAUGCGCAGUUAGUGUGGGUGUAACGUACCAAGGGACAGGUGAGGGCUUGGUUAUCUGACUGAUGGCCUCCCCAGUAGUCCACUUAGAUAAGGAGAACAUCAGCUGAGGUUUCACAGACCAUGAAAGAAACCAUCUGAGGGAUAGCUUUGAAAGUUAGUAACCUGAGUGAAAGACUCAACAAAUAUCUGUUCCUAUAACAGAAGCUCGGUUAGGGUAAGACUGCGGAGGUCACUGCUGCCUGAUGUUGUCCAUACGAGGACAUUGUGUUUCAUAUGAAGGAAGGCAACUUUAUUAAUGCCAUUUCACACCAUUAGAACAUGACCAUGUGUCUCACAUCAACCAGUUGGUUUGAAAUGUAACCACCGCUGUUCUCUGAACCAUUGGAUGUUUUGUUUGAGGGGAAGAAGUAUCCUGAGCUGGAGACAGCGCCACAUCAAUGUCUUGACCUAAAAUUCAUCACCCCAAAUGCAGCUGUAUCGUCUGGGUUGGCUCUUGGGAUGGGCUCAGAUCCUGGUGUGGGACAUGAGGGCUCCCUACUGAGCCAAAAGGAGAGAAAUUCAUUCAGUGGUAGAAGAUAUCAGGAGGGGUGAGAUUGGGGAAUUUCACUGGCAAUUGACAGCCUGUAAAUUCCUAGUUCACAGAUCCUGUGAAGCCAGCCUUUCCCACACAAGGAGUGUUCACUGAUUUAUCCAGUCACUGGUGAUGGAUAUGGCUGGCGCCUUUGGGCCUGCUGUCCUCCUGGUGGAGGAGCUCCUACUGUGCUGUGGGAAGCGAGCUUCAGUGAUGGUGGAAUGGCUCCUUAUUUCCAAGUUAGGACAGUGUGAGCCACGAAGGGAGUCCACCUGCCUGCUGGUGUUCCUCCUCUCGUUGGCGGAGUUUGGAAGGUGCUGUUGCAAAGCUCUCGCCUCCUUUGUAGAGGCAGUCAGUGUGGCCACAGUGUGCUGGUGGUCGGCGGCGAGGCGGCUGCCUUCAAGCCCUGAAGCCUCUUGCACCUUGGGUUGCUUCAGCAGGUGGCAGGAGAAUGAGCAGUGGGGUCUGAUGGUGGUGCAUGGGGUGGGCAUUUAGUGACGGUGCAUUUCUGUGAAUGAUCAUCUGUGUUCAGUAAAUGUACAGGGUUCGCUCGGGCUGACCACCGGUAGACCACCUCCGCGCUGUCCCCAUGGGUGACAGCUACGGGAUGUCCCGCACGGACCCCGGACCAGCUCCGGACUGUCACUUGGGGAGAACAGCUCCGGGCAAAGUUGUAUGACCCACCUGCUAAUUUAUUUUUUAGUACAUUUUUCCAUUAAUGAAUAAACAUUUUUUUAAAGAAAAGAGAAUAAGUUUGUUGUAGGCAAUUUAGUUGAGAUUAAAGUGCAGCUUGGAUGAAUUUUCACCCUUCGUUCUUUGGCUCCAUUGUUUGGGGAGAGAUGCCACCGUCUACACCGAGAUGCUGCUCGAGGCUAGUGGCCCAGGAGGAGGGAAAGGUGCCCGAAUGGAGUCAGCUGUGGAGUAAUUUACCACACACACACCUUGGAACGGGCCACAAACACAACCUGAGUGGGAAAUGAGCAGACAUGAAAAACAAAAACUGCACCUCCUCCCUCCCUCAGUACUGCUCCAGAACUGUCAGCUGAGAUUAUUGGCUCAAGUCUCCACAGAUUGGAAAUUGGACCCCACCUCACUGAGGUGGGCGGGGACAUUCCCCCACUGAGUGCUGACUACUCCACCUCACGGUCUGUAUCCAGCCCUCUGUACCAGGUGUUGGAUGGAUGGGACUUGCGGUGAUCUGUGGAGAUUGAAACCUCUCCUGACCUUUCCCCGGCUACACUGAUUUCUGGCACUGUCAUGCAGUGGUUAUGGAGGAUAACAGAGAGCAGGAGCUGGAUCACCAGCCCACACGUCCAUCCGAAUGGAUCAUUUCAAUAGUUCAAACAAGUUUCCACAUGACGCCUGAGGGUGCCACCUGGGAUGCUCGUACAUGGUGCGGAGCACUGAUGGGGAGCACUGCUCACGGCCAGGCUUCACUGUGUAACCACACUCCACCCAGGGCUGGGCAUCCUCUGUGGGAUCCAGCACUGCCGGGUGUGGGGACGUCAGAGGAAUCUGUUGGACAGGAGGAUGUGGGUAGGGUAUCACCGAGGGUGGGAAGUGCGGAGGACGUGAGCAGUUAAUUGGGGGGGGGGGGGGAUGAUUGAGGGUUGUGGAUCGAUCAGGAACUCUCUCGCUGCUGGAGAAGGGUCCCGGGAGGCAGGAAGCUCAUUAAAUGUGAGGAAGGUUCGACUGCCUGUCGGGAGCUUUGUCCGCAGUGCUGAGGGGCUGUUUGUCCACACACUGAAGUCUCAGCUCCUGCCUGGCACAACCCACACCCCAUCAAUAAUAAGACUAAAACUGGGCUCCAGGUCCAAAUGGUGGGAUCUGCCUAA